CAGGCAAAUUUGAAAUAGAGAAAUGGAGGGAAAAUCGUGUUUGUCGUUCAAGUUCUAGUUUCUGAAAGAGCUUCCCGACCCAAUCUUUCUCAAGUUUCUUUCUGUGUUUGAUUCUUCCAAUGGCGGAACCUCUAAGCCCUAAUCCAUCAAUUGUGCAGAAGCAGAGGCGUCCGAUGGCCUCUCAGUUGCAAUCUCCGACGAGCCCCUUCUUCCUUGGCUCCAACGACGACCAACUCGAGCGCGCUCAAGCAAGGGCCGCACGCGCUGCAGCAAAUCGCCGCAAGUCUAUCGCUACCAAUCUACUACCUCGCGAAGACCCCAAUAUUUUCCUCGACAAGCGGCAGAUUCUUGAAUUAUUUCAAAAUUGCAUCAAACUCGCUAGUGAAAAUAAAAUUAAUCAAAAAAAUACAUGGGAGCUGAAUUUAAUUGACCAUCUUACUGAGAUUAUUAAGGUUGAAGAGGAGGACACGGAGACAAAUUUUCAGAAGGCAAGUUGUACUCUUGAAGCUGGAGUUAAGAUCUACUCAUUAAGGGUGGAUUCCGUUCAUUCAGAGGCAUAUAAAGUCCUUGGAGGGAUGAACAGGGCAGGCCAAGAAAAUGAGCAAGAAACCAUCAUGCAGGAGGGAAAUCUAGAAAGUGAGCAGGAGGGAGUUCAUUUGAAAAAAGAGCAAGAUAAAAAGUUGUCUCCCUUGUCAACGCUCGAGUCAUCUUUUGAGGCUCUAAAUGUAAAGAAAUUUGAUGUGGCGUUUACGGUGGAUCCUCUUUAUCAUCAGACAUCUGCUCAAUUUGAUGAGGGUGGAGCCAAGGGCCUUCUAAUGAAUAAUCUUGGAGUAUAUGGUGCAUGUAGGGUGCUUUUUGAUUCAGAUGAAGUGCCUGGGAAAUGUAUGUCUUGCGAGGAUAGAUAUAAUAACACUGAUAUGAUCGAUAUCUCUUUUGCCAAAGAUUGCAUCGAGGAGAUGGUGUUCAAUAUGCGAGUGAAGGAUGAAAUAUCACCAACAUUAAGGAAUAUAGUCAAUCUAUUUGAUGAAGAUAACAAACGACCUUCAGAUUAUUGUAGUUCAGCUCCGAAAGCAGCCGAGGAAGCUAAUAUGGAUUAUGAUGUAGAUGACAGAUUUGAUGGUGAUGAUUUUGAUAAUUUUGAUAAUUUUGGCACUGCAAAUUAUGACAACGAUAACCAAACAAGCAUGGUUGAUGAUGGACCUGGUGGUGGAGAUGCAGGUUUUCCAACUUACAAUGAGGAAAGUGUGUCCUCUACCUACCAUGACCCUGAUACUGAGGAAAGAUUGGAGAACGUUGAUGAAUAUUUGAUUUCAUGUUUGGGUUUUACUUUAAAACAGAAUGCUUGGGCAGGCCCCGAACACUGGAAGUAUCGUAAAACCAAAGGUUCUAGUGAUGGUCCCACAGAAAAUGGAUCAGAAACAACGACUAAGAAAUCAAGAGCUAAGAAACAGGCAGAAAAUGACAUUGAUUUCACAAAAGAUUUGGAAAAAGAAGUUUCAGAUCUCUUCGCACCUCCAAAAAAUCCCAAAGCAUUGUUGUUGCCUAAGAAUAGAGUACCUUGCAAUACUAAGCUUCCUGAAGAUUGCCACUACCAGCCUGAAGAUCUUGUGAAGUUAUUUCUUUUGCCAAAUGUAAAGUGCCUUAGGAGAAGGGGAAGACAGCAUUCAGAUGAACCAUUGCAGCAUAACGAUGAUUUUGAAACAUCGCCAUCAUGGGAAGAUGAUAAUGUAUUUGGUGGCCAAUAUGAUGAGGGUGAUGCUCACAGUGAUGUGGAGGACUCAGAUGCUCUUGUUACUCAGCCUCGCCAGGUUAACAAAAUUGAAGUUCAAUACGACAAAACAUCUAAGCAAGUUGAUGUCCAGGCAUUGAAAGAAACACUCUGGUCCCAUUUACAAGAAUCUCAAACGGAUGUCCAGGGUGACGAUGAAACAGUAUCUUUCAAGCAAAUUCUUGCCACCUUUCCAGAUGACUGCAGAGCUGCUCAAACCAUCAAUGAUAUCUCGCCCCAUUUGUGUUUUAUAUGCCUGUUACAUUUAGCUAACGAGCAUGGGUUAAGUAUAAAUGGCUAUGACCACUUGAACGAUCUCACUAUUCACUUCGGUCGUCAAAAUUGAUUCAGUAUAAUACUUGUGAAACUGUGUACCCCUUCGUUUUCUACAGGUUGUAAUUUAUCACUGUAUCAUGUACUAGGCUGCUGCCACUGAUGGUGCCAUUUAGCCGGAAUAUAUUGUUGUAGAAAUUUGAAUGGAGAAAUCCCAUUUCCUGCUUUACUUU